UCCUAGUUUCUUAAAAGCCUGUGAUUUGGAUUUUUGUACAAACUCUGCCCUUUCAGCUGAUAUUCUUUCUUUUUGUUAAAAAUCAGAAAUGAAUCUGUCUUUUUCCCAAGAUUCAAAAACAGGGUUUCCCUUUUUUUAAUCUUUUUGCGAAAGCAAAGCAUCAAGGGGUAAAAAAGGGGUGUGCUUUACUUGAUCCAAUACAUCUUUAUGAUCCAAAACCAGAGCUUGCAUGCAAAGCAACAUUGCAAACCCAAAGGCAAAACCUUUUCUUCCUUCUCCUUCAAAACACAACCCUCAAGGCAAAACCCAGUUCCAGAACUGACCCAAAAAAACCCCCUCAAGUCUCCCCAAUUCAUAUUUCUUAGGACAUAAUGGACAGCUUGAUCAAGCAAACGAGGAAGAAAUCCACAGGUCCACAUGAGAAAACAGGGGAGGUAAGUGGCACAAGUAGAGAGAAGAAAAUCCCUCCGAGGAAGUCUGUUUCAUUCAAAGAAGGUGCAAACUGCAAAGAACAGAGCUUUCUUUACUUCGUGUUCCUUCCUUGCCCAGGACUCACCGAAUUCUCGGUAUUUGCAGAUAAGAAGUCCCCGAACUGGUUCCAGAGGCAGUUUUCGAGGCAGAUGAGCAAUGCCGGCGACCAUUAUGAUCCGGUCAGCGAUCUGGACCAUGCAGCUGCAGUUGCAGCCACAGCCUAUGCAAUAACCUGCCUUGAAGAAACUUGGACGCAGACUCGUGGUGGGUAUGAACUCGAAACGGCCUUGAGAAGACCCAGAAGCAGUAGAGAAGAUAUACUGCCAUUGCAAGAACCCAGGAGCUCGUCAAGAAGAUUGUCAGGGCAAUUCUCGUUUAGAGAAUCUGAGAGGAGAGAUGGAAAACCGCCGGAGCCCAAGUCUCCGGCGAGAAAAACGCGGGAGAAGUCGCCGUCGAUGAGAAAGUCCCGGACUUUCGCCGUAACCUUGGGAGGCUCUGGUGCCAAACAGACAGGAGAUUCAGCAGACAAAAUCAAGAGACCGGUUUCUCCGUUUGCAGAACCGGAUAUAAAACCACCGCCGACAAGAACACGAUCAGACCGUGGCGUUCCUCCGCCGCCGCCGCCGAGGGAGAUCGGAAAACAGAGUCCUUCACGAUCCGUACGAUCAGAUGAUUCCGCAGCUGAUGCAUGGGAAAAAGCAGAACUCGCUAAGAUCAAAGAAAGGUACGAGAAGCUAAGCAGAAAGAUCGAUUCAUGGGAAGCCAAAAAGCGAGAUAAAGCGCGAAGAAAGCUGGAGAAAACAGAGCAGAGGGAACUGGAUCAGAAGAGGAGGAGAGCGUUGGAGAGAUUCAGAGAAGACACCGAAUACAUCGAUCAGAUCGCAAGCGGAGCCAGAGCUCAGGCGGAGAAACAGAGGAAGAGCGAAGAGAAGAAGGUGAAGGAGAAGGCUGACGUCAUCCGAAGAACAGGGGAGCUUCCCGCCAAACCAUGUCUCUGUUUCUAAACACAACACAGAACACGUCAUCUGUAUAUAUACACACAUCAAAAUACUGUAUAUGUCUAUCCAGUUCAUGUAUCGGUGUAAUGUAUAUCUUGAAAACUGUUAACUACCAUUAAAAAAAACAAA